AUGUCCUACGACGCAGCCCUGCCACAGAUAUCCUCGUCGUCCACCACCCGCUUCGUGCCCCCCCGCAUCCCGCCCACCGACCACCGCCAACAGUCCUGGGACCCGGCAGAGUCCAGCCAGAGCUGGGGCGGAUACGACUGGUGCGACCCCCAGCAACCGCAUCUCGAGCCCCAGCUCAGCAACCUCCCCGCAUUCAACCCCCCGCCGCCACCUGUCUCUUCUGCCCAGACUUACCAGUACCCCGGUAUGCUCCAGCCUACGGCGACGAUGGCCAAUACAGCGUUUCAAGACACAGGCUCGUUCUACGGCACACCAUAUCCAAUCCAAAAUGUUGACCGCCACCAACCCAUCCCCUCUCUCGUCGACUCGCGUUCAUCCUCUGGCUCGUCGGUGUCUCUCCCCAACAUGCCCCGAUACCCCCAAGCCAUCAUAACCUACCCCCACGCUCCUCCCGAUGGUACCUCUCUCAUCAGCCCCUCUCCCAUCCCGCUGUUGAACCUAAACGCCACCCUUCCGUAUUUGAUACACAAAACACCUCCCGUCAUCCCGUCACCGCUGCCGCCAGCGCCAGUGUUGUUCGAUACGGUACCCCACUUGCAGAGACCGGUGCCCCCGAGGGAUGGGCAGGACGGGUAUGCCGUAGGGAUGCCCGAGGGGACGUUUUCGGUGGGGGGCGGUGGCGAGGGGAUGUGGCGGGGGAUGAUGCCAGAGUCGGGGAUGGGGAUGGUAUCGCCUGUGGAGGAUCGUCGUUUCAGCGCGGGCUCGCAGGCUCAAGUGCCGACGCCUUCCUCAGAUCCCAUUCAACACUUUGGAGGUAUCUACUUUACCGACCCUUUCCCACCAUCCUCUGCCCCUGCUCCAGCCCCUCUUUUCUCCUCGGCCCCAGGCCCUGCCCCUGCCCCUGCACCGUCAACGCAGAUAGUCUCAAACCCAAGCCCCAUUUCACCCUCAUCUUUCCUUCCCCCGCCUCCCAAGCACAGCUACAGACCCCGAGACUACACCCCUCCUACCCCGCCUCCUGGUAAACUCUCAACCCCCCGUCCUCGGCCUCUUCCAACGCCCUUCAGGACAUUCAAAUCGUAUCAAGAGAUGCUGCAUGACAGGAUCGACGAGUAUGGCGCUCGGGCGAUGAGUAUGCCUCUGACCCACCGUUUGAUGCUGGAGACGGAGAGGAAGAAACGCCUGGGACUGGUAGUGGCUGUCGGAGGGGGUAUGCGUGAGGACGAGGGAGCAAGGUUGUUAAGGACGUGUUUGGAGAAGGAAGAAGCGUGGGAUAAGAACGAGGAGGAGAGGCUGUUGAGGAAGGAAGGGCUGCUGUCGCCCUUUCACGUGGCUGAGGAAGAUGAGGAUGAGGAUGAGGUGAUGCCGCUCCUGACCACAGAAGCUAUGUCGAGUCCGCGGGAAGACGACGACUUGGAUGACAGUUUCAACGGACGGCCUUCUGGCGGGGGUCGACGGGCGAGGAGGGCGAAGAGAGUCAAAAAGGCGGUCAAUGCGGCUGCUAGAAGAGUCAAAAAGUUUCUUUGUACUGAAUGUAAUGAGGGGUUCACUCGGAAAAAUGACAUGGACCUCAAGAGCUCCCCUGGGCUUGCCCCUCAUGCUCCCGCCGAUUCGUGGGUCUAUCCCACCCUCUUGCCUUUCCGCUUCUACAGACAAGAGCAGAGCUGA